AGGUCUGUACCUGAACCGAGACAAGGAGGUACCACACUACUCACUGCUGCCUCGCAGAGCGGGCUGGGCGUCUGUCUGGACCCCAAGAGGCCUGAGGCAAGGGUCGCGUCAAGCCCCAAAAGCUGGUUUGUUGAUUAGUGAGCUAAGACCGCCGGAAGCGCUUCUUCUCAAUCAAGCUAUGCAACAGGAAGUCAUUACGAUCUCGUUGUAACCUCUAAAGAUGUCCCCGUUCUGCACAGCAUCCCGAUAACCGUUUUUGUUUUUCUCGUAUUAUGACCUUUUCGUGUUAGCACCAGUUUGCAACUCUCCAGGUCGUGAAGGAGCAACUUCACCAUCGCCGCCUGCAGACGCCACUGGGACCUUGGGAGAGUGGGACGUGUACAGGAACGUAAAGACCGAAGGGUGAGGUUUCGAAGGAGCAGAUUUCGAGGUUGCACCGGUUGAGGAUGGCUGACAUUCUCUCUCAGUCAGAGCCGCUGGCAUCGCAAGAGCUCAGUGGGGACUUCAAGAAGCCAGCUCUGCCGGUGCCCGCAGCGGCGCGGAGUAAGGCCCCGGCCACCAGUUCUUCAAACCCUGAGGAGGUGCAGAAGGAAGGGCCCACUGCGUUGCAGGACUCCAGUUCUGGGGAGCCCGACGUCCCUCCUCCUCAGCCGGACUGCGGGGAUUUUAGGAGUCUACAGGAGGAGCAGUCGCGCCCCGCGACAGCGGUUUCUUCCUCUGGCGGUUCAGCCAGGGCUCCCCCCUACCAAGAGCCUCCAUGGGGUGGCCCUGCCACAGCCCCCUACAGCUUAGAGACCCUGAAGGGCGGCACUAUCCUUGGCACCCGUAGCUUGAAAGGGACGAGUUACUGCCUUUUCGGGAGGCUGUCUGGCUGCGACGUGUGCCUGGAGCACCCUUCGGUGUCUCGGUACCACGCAGUGCUGCAGCACAAGGCGUCCGGCCCUGACGGAGAAUGCGAUAGCAGCGGGCCAGGCUUCUACCUCUACGAUCUGGGAAGCACUCAUGGCACUUUUCUCAACAAAACUCGCAUCCCACCUCGCACCUACUGUCGAGUCCACGUUGGGCAUGUUGUUCGCUUCGGAGGCAGCACCCGGCUCUUUAUCCUGCAGGGACCAGAGGAAGACCGAGAGGCAGAAUCCGAGUUAACAGUAACACAGUUGAAGGAAUUGCGCAAGCAGCAACAAAUAUUGUUGGAGAAGAAGAUGCUAGGAGAAGACUCAGAUGAAGAAGAGGAAAUGGAUACCUCUGAAAGGAAGAUAAAUGCUGGUAGCCAAGAUGAUGAGAUGGGUUGCACCUGGGGAAUGGGAGAAGAUGCAGUAGAGGAUGAUGCUGAAGAGAACCCUAUUGUCUUAGAGUUUCAGCAGGAAAGGGAGGCCUUUUAUAUAAAGGAUCCCAAAAAGGCCCUCCAAGGCUUUUUUGACCGAGAAGGAGAAGAAUUAGAAUAUGAAUUUGAUGAACAGGGACAUAGCACUUGGCUCUGCAGGGUGAGAUUACCUGUGGAUGAUUCAACUGGAAAACAACUGGUGGCUGAGGCCAUUCACUCAGGAAAGAAAAAAGAAGCAAUGAUCCAGUGCUCAUUGGAAGCUUGUCGGAUUCUUGACACUUUGGGAUUGCUUCGGCAGGAAGCAGUAUCUCGGAAAAGGAAAGCCAAGAACUGGGAAGAUGAAGACUUUUAUGACAGUGAUGAUGACACAUUUCUUGAUCGGACUGGCCUGGUUGAGAAGAAGCGUCUGAACAGAAUGAAGAAGGCUGGCAAGAUUGAUGAGAAGCCAGAGACCUUUGAAUCAUUGGUUGCAAAAUUAAAUGAUGCUGAAAGGGAGCUUUCUGAAAUUUCUGAGAGAUUGAAAGCCUCAAGCCAAGUUCUAUCAGAGUCUCCAUCUCAGGAUUCUUUAGAUGCGUUCAUGUCAGAAAUGAAAUCAGGCAGUACAUUAGAUGGUGUGUCCCGGAAGAAACUUCACCUGAGAACUUUUGAACUGAGAAAAGAACAACAGAGACUUAAAGGGUUAAUAAAAAUUGUAAAGCCAGCAGAGAUUCCAGAACUAAAAAAGACUGAAAGUCAGACUACAGGUGCAGAAAACAAAGCUAAAAAGCUUACAUUGCCUCUGUUUGGUGCCAUGAAAGGAGGAAGCAAAUUCAAAUUAAAAACUGGAACAAUAGGGAAGUUACCCCCCAAGCGUCCAGAACUCCCUCCAACUCUAAUGAGAAUGAAAGAUGAGCCUGAAGUAGAAGAGGAGGAGGAGGAGGAAGAGGAAGAGGAAGAAGAGAAAGAAAAGGAGGAGCAUGAAAAGAAAAAACUGGAGGAUGGAAGCCUCAGUAGGCCACAGCCAGAGAUAGAGCCAGAAGCAGCAGUGCAGGAAAUGAGGCAUCCUACAGAUCUCACACAUUUUAAAGAAACCCAAACCCAUGAAAACAUGUCUCAACUUAGUGAGGAAGAACAGAAUAAAGAUUAUCAAGACAGUAGCGAAACCACUUCAUUGUGCGAGGGACCCUCAGCAUCAAAGAAUGAAUAUGAGAAAAGCAGAGAUGAAUUGAAGAAAAAGAAAGCACCUGGUCGAGGCAAACUUCCACCAACACUUUCUUCCAAAUAUCCUGAAGAUGACCCAGACUACUGUGUGUGGGUCCCACCUGAAGGUCAAAGUGGAGAUGGCAGAACUCAUCUUAAUGACAAGUAUGGCUAUUGAUUGCUUCAGAAUCCCAAAAGAAGACCUUGUGGACCAUGUGACAUGGACUAUUUGGGAUAAUGUAUCAAAUCAAAUAGCCAGAGAAGUUUAGAUGAUCAUUUGUAAGAUCUGGUGACUGGCCUUUCCUUCUGUGUUCUUGGCUUCCUAAAUUUAUCUGCCCAUAUGAUUCUCAUGCAUUUGAUAUUUAUGUUUAAAAGUGUUUAUAUAUAUAUGUAAAAAGGGAACCAUAUGUUUUGAGAAUUUGUAAAGUGAGAGACAUGAUCCUAUUAAAAUUAGAAGACAAAAAUAUUC